AUGAACCCGUAGUUAUUCUCAAUAACCACAUAAAACGACCUUGCUAAUGUAAUCCUAUUUAUAAGAUUAUUUACAUCAAUCACUGUUUUCAAUAAUUUAGUAUGGUGUAAUUACUUGCUUAUUUUGAUGACAAGAUCUGACAACGUAAUAUUCUUAACCUUACUUUCAAUCGUGAGUUCACAAAACUCUUUAAAGCACACGGUCUCAAGCUUAUGCAGAUUGCAGGUAAAAACUCGGUUAAGUCCAAGUCUCACUCUUGAGAUUGGAAACAAACGUGCAUUGAACUGAGCUAUGUAUCACAAGUAUUAACAGUUUUGAUCUAAAUGGAAAGCAGCUAAUAUAAAUAUGAAAUAGUUGCUAAUAAUAUAAUGUCAAAGUUGUCAAAAUUUAAGAAAUUGAAUCGUGUUUGAGAUUACAUGUAUUAUUUUGCGUUAAAUAUCACACCAUGGAACCAUGAAAAUUAACUGAAUAAUUUUGUUUCUUUCUACGCUUUAUGUUAUGGAAAAUAUUGAAAUUUUGUUAUCAGAACAGAACAUUUCAGCCGGAGAUGCUCAACUUUACAUAAAAAAAUCAGGAAAUAAUGAAAUAAACCACGUUCAACAAUGCGGAUCUAUUCCUUUAACCUUCCAAAGUGUAAUUAAUUUUAUUCGUGAGGUUUUUUUACCUUUUGGAUAUCCAGAAACUGUUAGUGAAGAUUAUUGGAACUAUCAGCUUUGGGACACUGCACAAGCCUUUUGUAGUACUAUUAUUGGUGCCUUCACUACCAGAUCUAUAUUGAAAGGAGUCGGUGUUGGAAAUAGUGAAGCAAAUGCCCUAUCAGCAGCUGUAACAUGGAUUUUGAAAGAUGGAAUGGGGAUGAUAGGAAGAAUAUUUUUUGCAUGGUGGAAAGGCAACCAAUUGGAUUCAGAUUGUAAAAAAUGGAGAUUUUUUGCUGAUAUUUUGAAUGAUGUUGCUAUGACUAUUGAACUGAUUCUGCCCUAUUUCUCCACCUACUCUAUGGAAAUUUUGUGUCUUACCUCAAGUAUGAAAUGCAUUGUAGGGGUUGCUGGUGGUGCUACUAGAGCUUCCAUAACACAUCAUCAAGCAAUUAAAGAUAAUAUGGCUGAAAUAUCUGCUAAAGAUGGUACACAAGAAACCCUUGUAAAUUUGAUAGGAAGCAUAGUUAGUCUUUAUUUGCUGACAAUUUUUAACGACACACAUUCCGAGUGGUUGUUGAUAGUAGCACUCAUCUCUCUCCAUUUAUUGACCAAUUAUUGGGCUGUAAAAUCUUUAGUCUUCAGAACUUUUAAUGAUCAAAGACUGAUUUUAGUACUGAAAAGUUAUUUCAAUAUUGGAACUGUUCUGAGUCCAACGAAAAUUAAUGAAAAUGAGAAUGUUAUCUUGGGACGGGGUAUUAACAUGCAACAAAUUUGUGGUUUUCAAGUAGUUAUUGGUAAAUCGCUCAAAACCAUUUUAAAUAAAUGGACAGCGGCAGAUUUAAAAGAGAUCUUGACAGUGUAUCAAGAAUAUAAUUAUUUACUUUUAAUUAAUUUAAACAGUAGAGAGAUUUAUAUUAUUCUCAACAAAGGAGAAUCUGCAGAAACUUUAAUAGCUGCCUAUUUUAAUGCAGCCAGUUUAGCCAUAGCGACUUGUAUAUACAACCAUAUGAAUUUGGAUUUACUUGACAAAAGACAACGUAAUCAUCGAACACCAGUUAACAGGCUGCAGACUUUCAUGAAGUCCUAUCAAACGACGUCUAAUUUAAUGAACAUUCCUUAUAAUAAUCUAUUGCAAUUUCAAGAGUUUGUAAAACAAGAAUAUCAGAUGUUUUACACCGCCCUCCAAAUUAAUGGUAAGUAUUGUAAUGUAGUUAUUAAUAAAAAAAUUUAUAUCACAAAAUGGUUGGGAGAAUUUAUACAUACAUCUUACUUAUGUAAUUCAUCUAUACAAUAACUAUUAAUCAACACUAAUUUGUCGGACGAAGUGCGACGCUUUUAAGCCGUUGCGCAUGCGUCACUGCUAGUGUUCUCAACCACUGGGGGAUAACAAAUACUCCAAAAGAAAUAUCUUCCUCUUAAAAACAAUUUUAAAAAUUACAACAAAAAAACAUUGAAUUUUUAAAUUAUGAAUUUACAAAAAAUGGUUUACUAAUUGUAUUUUCAAAAAAGGGCAUUAAUUAAUUUUUCAAAUUAAUAAUUAUUUAAAAUGUGUAUUAAUUAAAUAUAUCAAAGUGUUAAUUUUUUGAUAAAUGUAGUCAUUAAUUUUUAUAUAAAAAAAUAUUUUACAAAGACUUCAAAGCUAACACAGUGUCAUCUAUAUUGUAACUAUAACCUAAAUUAUUUUUAAGACCGAUUGAAAUUUUACUUACGGUUUGUGUUCUGCAAAAAUAUUCAAAUUUCUUUUUAUCUUUUUGCUUAGAAGUAUGAUAUCCUAAAUCAUUAGUAGAUUCAAUUGUUAAUAAAGUGUCAUGAUAUUUAUAUUUUUUUACAACGAAACAAUGACAUUAGUGAGCACUUUUUAAAUGAUGUAUUAAAAUUUUUACUAUUUUUAGACCUACAAUAAUUAAACGCACUGGAGCUUUACUUAUUUAUUAACAAAAAUCAAGGAUUGAAAGAAUAAAAUUUAUAACUUUGUAUUAUCAUUUUUCCAUGUUUUUCUAAAUUCAUAAUUUCACCUCUAGGAUACCACAAAUUAUUUAAUAACCAAUUACAUGGUAAUAAGAAGAACCUAACCAAAUGAAUAAUUGAUUAACUUAUUAACUAAUGUAUUUCUUUCAGGGUGGAACUUGAACUCGCAUUCAUUAAAUAUGGGGCAAUACAGAUGUGAUUGGAAGUCCUUCAAGAAAAAUGAAUAAAAUGUAUCCUACUAUUCAACUAAUAAAUUUUAGUUCGUUUAA